AUGACAAAACCAAUAUAUUUCAGCAGAUUUGUUGUAUCAGAUCAAGUUUUUUAUAGAUCGAAAUACUCAUAUGCUCUCGUGAAUUUGAGACCAAUCGUGCCCGGUCAUGUACUAGUGGUCCCCUACAAUACUAAUGUUAUAACGUUGUCACAAUUGUCCAGAGAUGAAAGUAUCGACUACUUCCAAACCAUACAAUUGAUACAGUCGUUUAUCACAUGGAAGUACAAGUCUGAUGCCAUGAAUGUGGCUAUUCAAGAUGGUCCUGAAGCAGGUCAAAGUGUCCCUCAUUUACAUACUCAUCUAAUUCCUCGUUUCAAACAAAAUAACGUUGGUGAUAAAAUCUACAAUAUGCUCAAUGAUUGGGAUGCAAGACGUGAUGAAUAUUUAAAAGAGCAAAUUGUAUUCAAGCCGGAUGACCAAAGAAUUGAAAGAUCAAUGGAAACGAUGCGAAAUGAAGCAGAAGAAUUAAAUAAAAGCAUAGGGGAAUUUAUUAAAACGUUCCCUGAACUAACAAGUAAAUGGAUCUAA